AGUCUUAGCUAAAGAGCCCCUACAACUCCAUUUGAUCAUGAUGAUGAGAAUGAUGAGGUCUUGUUGCUCCACUAUAAAUAACGGUAUUCUAUUAAGAUCCUCACCAAUCAAACAAGCCUCCAACAUAGUUUGUUUCCCUCCUCUCUUUUCUCAUCCUAAAGACAAGUACUGGUUCAUCAGAAGCCAGCACAAGAGUUCCAUGGGAGACAGUGAAACCCAAGGCUUUCAGAAUCCUAGAUAUGUGGUCAAGAAGGUACUUGCCAGGCCGCAACACGAAGGUGAUGGAGCCAUUGUUAGGAGGAGCAUUGGAAGGGGAGAACUAAGAAACUUGGAUCCAUUUCUGAUGCUGGAUGAGUUUUCUGUAUCGGCUCCAGCUGGGUUUCCUGAUCAUCCUCAUAGAGGUUUUGAGACCGUCACUUAUAUGCUGGAGGGAGCCUUCACUCACCAAGAUUUUGCAGGGCAUAAGGGCACCAUCAGAGCGGGAGAUCUGCAGUGGAUGACUGCUGGUAAAGGAAUUAUUCACUCAGAAAUGCCUGCUGCGCCUGGAGAGAACAAAGGGUUGCAGCUCUGGAUCAAUCUCUCCUCCAAGGACAAAAUGAUGGAGCCGAGAUACCAAGAGCUACAAAGCAAAGACAUAAGCAAGGUGGAAAGGGAUGGCGUUGCCGUCCGCAUCAUCGCCGGCGAAUCCUUCGGCGUCCAGUCACCCGUCUACACCCAGACUCCAACAAUGUACCUAGACUUCACCUUAAGCCCCGGAUCCCAAGUUCAUCAGCGGAUCCCGGAGUCAUGGAACGCCUUCGUCUACAUCGUGGACGGCGAGGGCGUGUUCGGGGACCCGAGCGCCGAGGCGGCGGCGAGCCACCACGCGCUGGUGCUGAGCGCCGGCGAUGGGGUAGAGGUGUGGAACAGGGCGGCCAGGCCGCUGAGGUUCGUACUCAUCGGCGGGCAGCCGCUGAAGGAGCCGGUGGUGCAGUACGGGCCGUUCGUGAUGAACACGCAGGCGCAGAUCCAGCAGGCGAUUGAAGACUACAACUACUGCAAGAACGGGUUCGAGAAGGGGAAGCACUGGGCCUCGCAGCAGUGAAGCCGGAAGGCCCAAAUAAAUCCAUGACUGGCCCAAAUUGAACUCUCAUCUCCAUUUGAUAGUUUCUAGAAGAUUCGGAUGGAGAUGGUAGAUAUAUAUAUGAAUUUUCUGUUAUUUUAUUUUCUUUCAAGAACCAAUAAUAUUGAAUUAUAUAUAAAAAGAUAGUGAUAUUUUUCGUU